CUCCUUCCAAACUCAAGCUCGAUAAUCUGGAAAAUGAGGAAUGUGAUGAACAAGUGAACAAUUUUUCAUCAUUGUAUUACAAAAAAUUUUCAACAAUAGAAGAAGCUAACGAAGAAUUUGAAAGAUACCACUCAAAAAUUAAAAGAAAAAAAGAAAAAUUAAAUUCUAACGAUAAAAUAGUUAUCUAUACGGAUGGUUCUCACAAAGACAAUCAAAAAGGAUCAUAUGCUGGUAUUGGAGUUUAUUAUGAAGAUGGAAGAAAAAAAAUCACUGAAUCUUUACCUGGAGAUUUACAAACUAAUAAUCGUGCAGAAUUGUAUGCAGUAAUUCGCGCGUUAGAAACAUGUAAAGAUCAAUUUAAAAUAAUUGAGAUUAAAUCAGAUAGUCGUUUUGUUGACGUUAAAAACAAAGAUUUGUUUGAGAAGAUCGAUUUUUUAUUGACCAAGAGACCUGGUCAGGUAUAUUUUACACAUGUUUUUGGAUAUAAAGGUGUAACCGGAAAUAAAUUAGCUGACAAAUUAGCUAAACAAGGUGCUACAAUUAAAAUGAACGAGAAUACUCAAGAUUCAACUAACAAAGAUGUUGUUUUAAGUAAAAAGGAACAAUUUUGGUGGUUCAAAGAGAAUGAAAACACAAAUUAUCGAAGACCGUUCAUAUUUACUGAUGAUGAAGGUCACAUAACCGAAUAUAUUCAACUCAAGUUGAGUGAUAAGCAAAAUGCUCUUCUUGAUAAAGAACAUCGAGAAUUUCUUAAGCGACAUAAAUUUGUUCUCGAUAGGGCUAGUAAUAUCAUCGAAGAAACCACCAAAGAAUAUUUACUCGAAUUACUUUACCCCGAAGCAAAAUUAGCAAAUAUUAAAUUUAAGAACAGUUAUUCAUUUGAUUUACGCAUUUGUAAUAUUGAAAUUGCUUAA